AUGACAUAUAUAUUUCAGCCUGCCUCCACAGCAACAGAGGAGAUCCCAGAGGAGUCUGAAGUUCCCACGGCACCAGCCACGCCCGUCCCCACCAACCCCAACUCGUCUUCUCCAUCAGCAUGUAGCACGCCAGCUCCAGGACCUAGCCCUCUCACGGUCCCACCAGAUGUCAGCACUGAGAAGAUCCCAGUUUUUAAGGAUCCUAACUUUGUACAAGCCAGGCAAGAAGCAGCAGCUAGUAAAAAAGGUAGAACUUGGAAAAAUCUCAAACAAAUUGUAGCUGCGGAGAAACUGUUACCAUGGAAACCAGAUGACCCCACUUAUGGAUCAAUAGAUGCCCCACCUACCUUUAAGCCAGUUAAGAAAUAUUCAGAUCUGUCAGGGUUGAUGGCUAACUACAGAGAUCCGCAUACCAAGUUAAGGUAUGCCAAUGCAGAUGAGUAUGCUCGUGUGAAAAUGUUGCCAAGUGACAUCAUUACAGGAUUAUUGACAUUGCGGAGAGCUAAUACAACUGUACCGUGAACUACGUGUAAGAUGAAAAAGAGAUAAUCUUACAUCCAUUACUUUAACCAGUUGCUGUCUUGAGAGACAAGACAUUAUUUGAGAUGACACGCACAACAUCAUGAAAGAGUUUCGGUGAAACUGGUGCUGGGAUUGGCCUAAGUUAAACGAAAUUGUGACUACAGAACGGAAAUUGCUGAGAGUCCAUUUACAAACUUGAAGGAUUUCAAGGAUUAGGAUAUUUUUGGUCAGAAUAGAGAGAAAAGAAACCAGAUCGAGAGACUCAAGACAAAAUGUGAAGCUUUAAUAGGUUGGCUGUAAAUGAGAUUUUCAGAGGCAGCAAUCACUGAGAGAAAGAACACUUCUGGGGAGAAAGACACCCAAC